AUGACAACAAUAACACCUCAACAAACCAAACAAAUUGAAGACCAGUCAAGUAUUUAUAUAUCUUCUAUCAAUGAAAUGACUCGAGAAUAUAUUAAUAGUGAAUCACAAAUGAGUUAUAAUCACCAACACAUACCAACAACUCCUUUUUCAAUGGAAAUGAAACCAGAAACCCAUGCACUUGAUAAUGCUCCAAACGAUAUAAAAGUUUUAUUAAAAAAUUGUGUCUUAUUACAUUCAAAAACAAAUGAAAUCCUUCAAGAAUUACCAAGUCUCCAACAUAAAUUUAUUAUGUAUGGUGAUUAUAACCCAGUGACAAAGAAAUUAUCAGAAGAAAAGUGUGUAAUUCCACGUUCAGUAGAAAUGGAUAUGAUUACUUCAUUAAUUCCAUCAAUUCAUUCUAUAACAGUUUUUUCAAAGAAAUGUUUUUUGUUGAUUCAGUCUAUUGUUAAAUUUAUUACUUCUGCUCUUCAAGCCAAAGUCCAAUACUAUUUUAGAACCUUGUUUAAUGAUAUUGGAAGGUUGUUAUCAGCACACAUUCUUCUUGACACAUCAAUUCAUAAUAAUCCAACACUUCUAUCACAUAUCAGCUUUUACUAUCAUUUAAUAUCAAAUUAUGCAGGUGCUGCAGCAGGAGAUAAUCCUAAUGCAGAAAAGAUUGCAAACUUAUUAGUUAUUAUGACAACAUUCCAAAAUAGAUUUCAAGGAGAAAAUGAUAUACUAAAACAAGACUUCUCUUUACCAUCUUCUAAAUUUCCAACCUCCUUAUUUAUUAAAAUAAUGCACUCUGUAUGUUUGUUUGAGACCUCUAGAAUAAUUAAAGCAACUGCAUCACCAGAAGAUAUUUUAUCUGUUAUUUAUCUUUGCUAUGCUUAUGUUUCGUGGUCAUCUGAGCGUUCGUUGUCAAGAACAUUAGAUAAAAAUUUAGAAGAAAUAGCACGUAAAUACCCAGUUAUAUUAACUUGUUUUGAUUCAAAAAGUCCUAUUGAUUCAUCAAACCUAAUAAGCAGAAUAAGAAAGACAAGAACAAUAAGUUUAGAUGAAAGUUUGAAAGUGAUAAAAGAUCCAUCAACAUUAAUUGCAAGUUGUAAUGAAUUUUUAUUAAAAAAAAUUUCAUUAACAAAAGGGAUAGAACUUAUUUAUGAACUAAAAAGAAGGAUAGUUGAAUUAUUAUAUGGAUUUAGUUUAGUUGGAAGACCAACUCCAAUGAGUGUUAUUGGAAUUACAUUAAAAUAUUGUAACCUUAUUAUUAAAAUUACUGAAAAGAUUCAAAGAAGUAAGCAUGAAUCAAUUAUAAAAUUAAUUAAUAAAGUAGAACAAGAAAUUAAUACAAUUAAAAAGAAUAAUGAAGCAGAAAAAUUAAAAGAUGUUAUUCCAAAUUAUAUGAAUGAAAAUAUAAAUUCUAAAGAAUUUAUUAUAAUGGAAAUAUACCUUGAUCAAUUAAGAAAAGAUUGUAAAGCAGAUAAAAUUGAUAGUAUUUGGAAAAGAAUAAAAGAAAUUAUUAUGAUUAAUGAAAUUAAUGAAGAAUUAAAAAAUGCAACAAAUAUGGCAUUUCUUUAUUUUGUAAGAUAUCCAUUAUUAGAAAAAAUAUAUGAAAAUAUUAUUAAAAAUGAAGAAUUUUAUGAAAGUUUUACUGAGUUUAAUAAGGUAUAUUCAUUUAUUAUUAAAAAUCAAUCACUUCAAACAAUUAUUGUUGGAGAUAUUUAUGAAGCAUUAAAUAAUGAAAUUGAACUUUUAAUUAAAAAAAUAAUUAUUGAACCAUUACAAACUCAAAUUGAAGAAGAUUUAAGAUUACAAAUCUAUGGAGAAUUAAAUGUUAAUGAUGUUAAUAUUAUUUCUCAUCCAAUUCAAGAUAUACAAAGAAUAAUUGAUCAGCCAUUUAUUAUUUUAAAUAGAUGUAUUCAUAUUAAAAGUGAAAUAGAAAACUCAUUAGAAACUAAAUUCUAUAAACAUUAUAAUUGGGACGAAUAUCAAAGAAUGAAGGUGUUAGGAGAAAAAAAAUAUGGGUUACAUCUUUUUGAAAAUUAUUUAAUUGGACAAACAACAGUUGAAGGACUUGACGUAUUGAGGAUAAUGAAAAAUAUUCACUCUUUUGUUAUGAAAUAUCAUUACAAUUUAUAUUCUCAAUGUUUUAUUGAAAGAGAAUCAGAUGGUAACAGGUUAAGUUCUAUUGGAAUUAAUCAAAUUGCAGAGUCAAUUAAAACACAUGGAAUGGGAAUAAUGAAUACAUGUGUUAAUUAUGUUUAUCAAUACCUAUUAAAACAAUUUACAUUGUUAAGUGAAUUUUUAUUUGAUGACCAAAUAAAAGGUAUUUUAAUGAAAUCACUUAAAACAUUUGAUGGAAAAAUUUAUACAUUAUCAAUGGCAGAAUUAGAUAUUAAAGAAUUUAAACGACUUGGGCUUAGAAAAAUUAAACACAACAAAAAGGUUAUAAGUUCAAGUUAUUUAGAUUUAUUUAGAAUGUUAAUUACAUUCAUCGGUAAUUCUAUUGGAUUUGUUAGAAUGAUAAGGACAGGUGGAUUGAUGCAUUGUGCCAAAACUAUUGAGUUUAUUCCUGAUCUUUUUAAUAUUCCUGACUUUGUUGAUUUAACUUCUAAACAAGUUCAAUCAAUUCAAACUGCUGCAGAAAAUUUUUCAAAAAUUAUUUCUGAAUAUUCUAAAUCUUAUGAUGGAUAUGACUUAAAAUAUUUAACAUUACUUGUUGAAAUAUUUAAAGAUGAAUUAAAUUCUCAAAGAUAUGCCCAUCUCAAAUAUUUCUAUUUAUCUCUUCCUUCAUUAUUAUUAACUUAUAUAGAUUUCAUUAUUGCUGCUAAAGAGCGUUUAUUAAGAAAUUCAACAAAUCUUGAUGUAGAAGGUUAUAUUAUGUCUGAUGAUGGUUUCCUUAUUGGGGUGGCUUAUAUUUUAAGUAUCUUGAAUCAAAGAGAAUUAUUUUAUCAAUUACAUUUCCUUGAUAGUUUAGAGAAAUUAUAUAAUCAAAAACUUACUGAUGCUCAAAAUGAUUUAAAAAAGGGUUCUAAAGAUCAACAAUUAUCUGCCACUGUUUUAGUUGCUAAGUACUCUACUUAUAUCAAAGAAAUACACUUAUUAUCAAUUAGCUUAGAUGAUGCAAUGAAUCUUUUCUUAAAUUAA